AUGGGUGAGUCCUCUUUUGCAUUUCACGGCUAGCUUCCCUCCGGAGCACAAACCUGUAACUUGUAAGUUCGUUUUGUUUCCAAGUGUACAUUUUAUAACUCGAACAGAUGUCACAGAACGCCGCGAGACGUCCCGGGGUUGGGGUGGGUGUCCUGGUCACAGAUUCGGCUCAUUCGGGCUGUGUCCUCGUCGGAAAAAGGAAAAGUGUGACGGGAAAAGGGAAGUACCAACUUCCCGGCGGCCACCUGGAGUUUGGGGAGACGUGGGAGGAGUGUGCUGAAAGGGAGGUGUUGGAGGAAGCUGGCCUGCAUUUGGUGAACGUCCGCUUUGCCUCUGUGGUGAACUCCAUCGCACUGGAGGAGCAAUAUCACUAUGUUGACAUCAUUAUCCAAGGAGAUUUAGACAAGGAGCGAUCCACAGAGCCGCAGAACUUGGAACCCGAGAAAAAUGAGGGAUGGACGUGGAUGCGGUGGGACCAGUUUCCUCCCGAGGACCAGCUCUUUUUGCCACUGGCUCACCUGAGAAAACAAGGCUACCAGCCCUUUACAAGUGCACAAGCAGAAACUUAAAGUAACUGUUCCAUUCUAUUCAUGAGUCAAAGAACCCUUCCGCUUUUCAUUGCUGCUUUGUAUUUGACUCUUUUGUAGCAAAGUGUACAAUGGCAUGUAAGAACUUAGACAUAAGAUCUUUAUUUUCACUCAUACAGAUGCACACAUUUUUCCAUGUGAUAUGAUGACCUGAGCACCAGCAUGACAAACAUUUCCUGUAUUGUAGCUAAGAGAGUCAGCCAUUCACAUAAACACAAUGUACCAAAAAAAAAAUCUUCCUAUUGUUGUGUCAAAACAUUCAUAUACAAACGCUAGUCAUGUGUUUUGUGAAUCUUGAGAUUUAAGAAUUCACGCAAAUGCUACUGUGAGCAACAAACGCUUGUUUUUCCUCCAGCAUGUGAUGCGUUCCUGUUUGGGUUUUAAUAUAGUAUUUAUUCAAUGUUCAUAAUUUGAACAAUAGGUGCAAAGAAAUAAAAUGUAAAUAUCCUAUUCGGAUUGUUAUGUAAAAUUUUCAGUGUCACAUGAUACUUGUGACUCCUACCACGACCAACACAGUCCAAAGUGUUGGCACGGUGGAUGCCACAGCGCCAUUAAAAACCUUGUUAUGGGCGUAGGUGAUUAUGUGCAGGGCUCCACUGUAGGCCUCCUCACAGGUGGGCUGGAUCUGAUCCUCAGGGAGCUGGAAGCCAUAAUGCCCGUCAUCUCUCAGCUCAAAGGUGUAGGAGAAGGGGAUUUCCUGCAUACGAGCCCAAUCUCUAGAAGAACCAGAGUUGGCAUCUGUUGAAGAUUUAACGCACAUUAUCAUCAUGAGGA